AUGUCUACAUACCCGCCCCUUCCUCUUACCCAAACCCUCAGUACUCUACCCCCGGAGUACUCUACCGAUACACUCUCCCAAAUAGCCACUUACCUUUUCUCCACAUCUACCACCCCACGCCGUCUAGUCGUCCUCGACGACGACCCAACAGGCACUCAAACCUGCCAUGACAUUUCCGUCUUGACAGUCUGGGAUGUUCGCACGCUUGUCGCCGAAUUCAGUACCAAUUCGGCCGGCUUCUUUAUUUUGACCAACUCGCGCGCUCUUCCUCCCGACGAAGCGGAACUUCUCAUCCGUGAAAUCUGCCAGAAUGUCCUUACUGCUGCACUGGAGAUGGGAUUGAGCAGAGAGAGUCUAGAUAUCGUCCUUAGGGGUGAUAGUACGCUAAGAGGGCAUUUUCCGUUGGAGGUUGAUGUUGCGCAGAGUGUUUUUUACUCCGUCUCGGACGAGAAUGCAACAGCGCCAACAUGGGUUCUAGCACCGUUCUUCUUCCAGGGGGGGCGUUAUACGAUCAACGACGUGCACUAUGUCCUCGAAGGUGAAGACUUAGUCCCGGCGGGACAAACGCAAUUUGCCCGAGACGCAACGUUCGGCUAUAAGAGCUCCAAUCUGCGGGACUAUAUCCUCGAGAAGGCGCCUGGUCGGUUUACCGCAGAGCAGAUCCAUUCUGUGACACUAAAUGAUAUCCGCACUGGUGGGCCGGAGGGCGUAAGAGAUCGCCUAUUGAGCUUCCCUGCUGGUGGUAUAGUGAUUGCCAAUGCGGCAGCUGAGUCGGAUAUGCAUGUUUUUGUCAUGGGUUUAUUACUUGCCGAAGCAAAAGGCCUUCGGUACAUCUACCGCACCGGCGCCGCAUUCGUCUCAACGCGCCUUGGCAUCCCUCACAAACCUCCCAUUACAAAAGCGGAACUGCAACUUCCUAACCCCCAGCAAACAGGCGGACUCGUUCUCGUAGGGUCCUAUGUGCCCAAGACAACUGCGCAGCUCAAGGUCCUCAUUGAGCGUCGCGGCGAUCUUCUCUCCGUGAUUGAAAUGCGGGUUGAAGAUCUCAUUGAGUCGAAAGAAAAGGCGGCAGAAGUGAUUCAGAGUGUCAUUACGCAGACAGAGAGCUAUCUAAAUGCCGGGAAGGAUACGCUUGUCAUGACAAGUCGGGCGCUUGUGAAAGGUGACGAUGAGAUUUCGUCGCUGAAGAUCGGGUCGAGAGUCGCAGAGGCCCUAGUUGGUGUCCUGGAGGGGAUAGAGGUGCGGCCAAGAUAUGUUAUUGCUAAGGGUGGUAUUACAUCCUCCGACGCAGCUACAAAAGGUCUCCGGAUGAAGCGGGCCUUGAUUGUUGGCCAGGCUGCGGCGGGUGUGCCGCUUUGGAGGUGCUACGAGGAGACUUCCCGCCAUCGGGGCGUGCCAUUUGUGGUCUUUCCGGGAAAUGUUGGGAGUGAAUCUACACUGUAUGAAUUGGUUGAGGCUUGGAGCUGA